GAGGCUGAGCAGGCCGAGCGCGAACGUCAGGAAGAGGCCAGCAAACAGAAGAAGAUCACGGAGGAGCAAGAGAAGCGAGAUCGGCGAGCAGAACAGGAACAUUCUCAAGCUAUAUUCACUGGUACAAUCAAGACGAAGAAGCUGGAGGACCUACAUGACAUAGCUGCAGCCUUGCAAAUGUCCGAGACCAGACUGAAAGCUGAGCUGUUGCAGCGGAUUCUGCAACACUUCGACGACGACCCUGAUCUGAAGAAAAAUCCACGCUAUGAGGGCUUAUUCAACCCUCCCCAUUCUCGCAGGCGCCGUCUCGAUAACAGUGCUCAUACUACU